UCCCUGGCGGAAGUUGUCCAGCCUCUCCCGGGUUGGUUUGCAGUACUUAGUGGUGAAGUGCCAGCUAUGACUAAUAGAUGGGUUGAAGUUUUUUUCCUUUUUUUCUUUUUUUUUUAGGGGGAAAUACUUUUUUUCCAGUCGGCCUGCUGACGCGUCCAGCCCCUUCUCGGUGCUGCUCGGAGCACAGCGGACUACUUUUUUUCCACCGGCCGACCACCAUGAUACUUCGCUCUCUGGCUCUGGCGGCCCUGCUUCUCCAAGCCGAAUGCUACUUUUCGGAGGAAACGUUCCCCGAGGAGUCGAAAAUGCAACUUCCUACGGUGGUGGUCGCUAUCAUAGCCCGGAAUGCCGCCCACUCCCUGCCUUACUACCUCGGGGCCCUGGAGAGACUCAGCUACCCCAAAGAACGCAUCUCCGUGUGGGCGGCCACAGAUCACAACUCUGACAACACCACGGCCAUACUCAAAGAGUGGCUGACCGUCAUGCAGAAGUUUUACCACUAUGUGGAGUGGAGGCCCAUGGAGCGGCCCACGUCGUAUGCAGGAGAGCUGGGUCCCAAGCACUGGCCCAACAGCAGAUACGAGUACGUGAUGAAGCUCAAACAGGCGGCGCUCAACUUUGCCAGGAAACGCUGGGCUGACUACAUCCUGUACGCUGACACGGACAACAUCCUCACCAACCCGGACACCCUCAACCUGCUGAUUGCGGAGAACAAGUCCGUCAUAUCCCCCAUGUUAGACUCUCAGGGGGCUUACUCCAACUUCUGGUGUGGGAUCACUCCACAGGGAUAUUAUCGGCGAACGGCGGAGUACUUCCCCACGCGCCACCGGCAGAGAGUGGGCUGCUUCCCCGUGCCCAUGGUCCACAGCACCGUGCUGCUGGACCUGAGGAAGGAGGGCAUGAAGAAACUGGCUUUUUACCCUCCCCAUGCAGACUACUCUUGGCCUUACGAUGACAUCAUUGUUUUCGCUUUCUCCUGUCGGGCAGCAGCCAUACAGAUGUACCUGUGCAACAGGGAGCGCUACGGUUACCUCAACGUUCCAGCCAAACCUCAUCACACGCUGGAGGAUGACCGCCUCAACUUUGUCCACGUCUAUCUGGACUCCAUGAUUGACGGUCCCCCCAUGUCUCCCUCUCGAUUCACUCACAUGUUCCCGAAACAGAGAGAUCUCAUGGGAUUUGAUGAGAUAUAUCUGAUCAAUCUGCGGCGCAGGACUGACCGCAGAGACAGGAUGCUGUCCUCCCUGAAUGAGCUGGAAAUUGAUGUCAAGGUGGUCGCUGCCGUGGAUGGAAAUGCUCUGAACAGCAGCGACAUUAAGAUCCUGGGUGUUGACCUGCUGCCGGGCUACUACGACCCAUUCUCCGGACGCACCCUCACUAAAGGGGAGGUGGGCUGCUUCCUCAGCCACUAUUACAUUUGGAAGGAGAUGGUGGACACCCAGAUGGACAAAGCCCUGAUCUUCGAAGACGACGUUCGCUUCCAGGCCAACUUCAAGCGGCGCGUGCUGAGGCUGUUGGAGGAGGUGGAGCAGGUGGAGUUGGACUGGGACAUCAUAUACUUUGGCAGGAAGCAGGUGAACCCUGGAGAUGAGGAGGCGGUGGAAGACGUUCAGAACCUGGUGGUCGCCGGCUACUCGUACUGGACUCUGUCCUACGCCAUCUCCCAGCAGGGAGCCCAAAAGCUGCUCAAUGCCGAGCCGCUCUCCAAGAUGCUGCCCGUCGACGAGUUCCUCCCCAUCAUGUAUGACAGACAUCCAAACGAGGACUACAAGUCCCACUUCCCCAACAGGAACCUGAAAGCCUUCAGCGUGCGCCCCCUGCUGGUGCAGCCCUGCCACUACGCCGGGGACCCGCAGUGGGUGAGCGAUACAGAGACUUCCACUCUGUGGGACGACGACUCGGUCAAGACCGACUGGAGGGGCUCCCACAAAACCCUGAAAGGGGGCGCGCCGGCCCCGGAGAUGCUGUCGGCCGCCUACAGGGACGAACUCUGAGGAGGCGCGGGCGGAGGCGCCGAGGACCCCCACGAAAGGUACGAAAGACCAUGAGGACAGAGGAGCGGAGGCCGAGAGGAGAACGCGGACCCGCCCCUCCUCCCGUCAUGGCACUGACUCGCUCGGCGUCUUUAAACUGUGUGUGUUUUCAGACACAAAACUGAGCAUCUCAAAUCAGCAAAAUUGCACAGGAGAUUUUAUUUUACUUUUUCCCUCAAACGGUUGUGAAUGUUUCCUACUUUAGUUAAGAAAUCUAGUUUAGUCACCUCACCUCUGUGGGACUGAUGUCUGGAUGGUUUAUUUUUUUAUUGCCUGCGUUAGUGUGAUCAUUGCAUGUUUGUCAUGCUGACCACAACGUUAAUCCGUCUGAGUAACUGUGAGGCUUUUUCAGCUGCACUGUUCACAGGUCCCAUGUUGAAGAGACCCUCUUCUCUCUCUUUUCCACGUGGGCGUACUUGUGUGUCUUAUUACUCUGUUCGUGCAUGUAUCCCUUUGAUACUUUUAAAUACAACCAUAACUAACUCAGAGCUUUAUUUUCUAUAAGAGAGUGUGCCUUUGCUGUUAACGGUCGGAAAGGUUAACUGCCUUUUAACAGGAUGGUGCCUUUUUACAUUCAGAAUCUCUCUCCUUCUUUUUCUUCUUUGCAUCUCUCUAAAACCCUGAAUGUUUACAUAUAUUUUUCUAAAAUGGUGAAUGAUAGAUUAACUGUCUAGCCUCUGCUUGUGUCUGUUAGGACCAAAAGAAGCUCAUUCUUAAAUGUGGGUAUGGAUGAAACUGGUCCUUUAUAUGCAGUGAUUAUAUAUAAUAUGAUUUAACUUUCUGAGGAGGAACGCCUUAAGUAUUCUUUGUGUUUCUUAAAUCUUCUGGACCUAAGUCUUACAGAAGCUUUCUUUUAUUAGUUCGGCAUUAAUGUGUAGCAACAUUCCUGAAUGAAAGCGAGGGGCAGUGGAUAAAAUGGCAGGAUGUGUUUUUGUUCCUAAGCACAACGAUUUAGCAAAUGCGUUCAACAUGUAAACGUUUCAGUGAGGUCAUUUUUUUGUCGGACCGGGACAUUAAGCCAGCCUUGCUUUGUCGUAACUGCUGCUGCUCUAAUUCCCUUCAUACAACAAGUCACAGUGAACGCGCCUCACUAAACUCUUCCAUUCAUUUUCAUUUUCAACAUGUCUUAUGGCCUGUUCUCGUCUGCUAUUUUCUGAUUCCUUCUCUUGCAUGAGUCUUUAUUUAUUGAGCCUAUGAUGGCAGCCUUCCUGAUGAAUCCCAUCAUAGCAGCCUAUUAAGGUGCGAUGAGUUGAUUUGCUUCUGGGUCUUUAAGUAUUUUCUUUUUUAUUAAACGGACUGUAAGGGCAACUUGAAGGCGAUUAAUGGAAAUAUGAAUAAAAAUAGAUUGAACUCUUAAAUUGGUUGUCUCCUUUACUCCCCAAAUUGCCUCCCACGCUGAAGUGACAAAGAUCGACCACCAGAUGGUAUCAUUUAUGAGUGUGAAACCAGCUGAGCUGGCAUAGUUCUGGUAUCAAAGGAAACUUCGAAUGUCCAGUUUGUGCAUUCUGCAGCUGUCUAGAUUCCCUAAUCUUGAU